ACAAGAAGGCAGAAGUAGAGGGUACCUGGGCCUCGGUCGGAGAGACAAGACCAUUCGCAACACAAAACUGUUUGUGCCAUAAAACGACGACUGAUGGCAGGCCGGCUAGUUAGUUUGCUUUUCUUCGUUCUUCUGAUAUAUUUGGCAAGAUUGCUGCAACGUAAUCGCGAGGCGCUGAAGGCCGCAUCAUAAAUUGGCCGCGGAGUUCCGACCAAUUCUUCGCUUUUAGACAUCUGUAAUCUUGGAUAGUUAAAGCGACCAAGAUGAUGAAGAUGAAGCAACAGGGCCUAGUGGCCGAUCUCAUGCCCAACAUAAGGAUCAUGAAGAUGUUUGGACAUUUCGUAUUCAACUAUUAUGACGACAAUUCGUCCAAAUACUUGCAUAAAAUAUUUUGCUGUGCGAAUCUAUUUCUGCUGCUGUUACAAUUCGGCCUGUGCGCGGUGAAUCUGAUCAUCGAAAGCGCCGACGUCGAUGAUCUCACGGCCAACACGAUUACUCUCCUUUUCUUCACGCACAGUAUCGUCAAGGUCGUUUACUUUGCUAUCAGGAGCAAGUACUUUUACAGAACGUGGGCGAUAUGGAACAAUCCGAAUUCACAUCCGCUCUUUGCCGAGAGCAAUGCGAGAUACCACGCGAUUGCUCUGAAGAAGAUGAGGCUGCUGCUCUUCUUGGUCGGCGUCACUACCGUGCUCACUGCGGUAGCUUGGACCACUCUUACGUUCUUUGAACACCCGAUUAGGAAACUCGUAGAUCCAAUUACGAAUGAGACGACAAUUAUUCAGUUACCGCAACUAUUGGUCCGUUCGUUCUAUCCGUUCGAUGCCAGCAGGGGAAUAACGCAUAUAUUGAUACUCAUCUACCAAUUCUAUUGGGUGUUCUUCAUGCUUGUUAAUGCCAAUUCAUUGGAUGUGCUUUUCUGCUCGUGGUUAUUGUUUGCCUGUGAACAGUUGCAGCACUUGAAACAGAUUAUGAAACCACUCAUGGAGUUGAGCGCAACUUUGGAUACGGUGGUACCGAAUAGCAGCGAGCUCUUCAAGGCUGGUAGUGCGGAUCAUCUUCGUGAAUCGAAUGAGAACAAUCAGCCGCCACCACCUUCGGCAGCAGCCCAGGGCGACAACAUGCUGGACCUCGAUCUUCGUAAUAUAUACAGCAAUCGACAGGACUUCACGGCAACUUUCCGGCCAACUGCUGGUAUGACUUUCAAUGGUGGCGUAGGACCGAACGGAUUAACGAAGAAGCAAGAGAUGCUCGUCAGAAGUGCCAUCAAGUACUGGGUUGAAAGACACAAGCAUAUUGUCAGAUUGGUCACCGCGGUCGGAGAUGCGUACGGUUUUGCGCUUCUGCUUCACAUGUUGACGACGACCAUCACUUUAACGUUGCUCGCUUAUCAAGCGACGAAGGUGAGCGGUAUAAAUGUAUAUGCGGCCUCCACGAUUGGCUACGUGCUCUAUACAUUUGGCCAAGUCUUUUUAUUCUGCAUAUUUGGAAAUCGUUUGAUUGAAGAGAGCACUUCAGUGAUGGAGGCGGCUUAUUCUUGUCAUUGGUAUGAUGGAUCGGAGGAAGCUAAGACAUUCGUGCAAAUCGUAUGUCAGCAGUGUCAGAAAGCUAUGUCAAUAUCAGGGGCCAAGUUCUUCACGGUGUCUUUGGAUCUCUUCGCUUCGGUACUGGGAGCCGUGGUGACCUACUUCAUGGUGUUGGUGCAACUAAAAUGAACAUUUGGUUUUGUAUAUUCCAGAUACGAAUGCAAUCUCUCGCGUUGCACACGAUUGUGCAAGAUUAUAUUUUUUAACGUAUUUACAAGGGACAAAAUGGAGCAUUCGUGUCAUGAAGAUUUUCACGAAGAGAAUUCUGCGUCUUUACAGGCGCAUAACAAAAUACAAAGAAUCAUGGAUUGAAAAGUCAUAAGAAGCUAGUACAUGUCAGAAUUGAGUUUAAGCAAUACAAAAAUGAUAGAAAUUAUUUGUACUGUUACUUAAGAAGUAAGGCUUAAAUAAAAAUCUUUCUUUUUUAUUAUUACUUAGAUUAACGAGCGGUGAAAGAAACGAGCACAUAUAUCCUAUACAUUUUUCUUCGUUAAAAUGUAAAUUUUAGCUCUGUAUAAUUUUUCUCUCCACCUUUAUUAUGCAUAUAGCAACAACAAAGAACAACGACAAUGUAAGCACUCGUCGCGAUUCAUUUUCAUAAACAUUAAUUAUAAGUCAUAAUGCUUAACGGGGAAGAUAUACGCUAUGUCAUUUGAGGUAUACUGCUGCAACUUGUACUAAUUGUCCUACAAUCGAUAAUGGAACAUUAAUGAAUGGACGCAGGAAAGUUUAUUAUCUUUAUUUAGAGUCUAUUAUUAAAAGUCGUCCAGCAAUUACGUUGUUAUAUUUUCAAACAGCCUAUAUUAAAAAAAAAACACGGUGGAGGGAUUAAAUGGCAAUGUGUACAUUGGCGAUGUGUCCGAAUAAUGUGUAAAUAUAAGAUGUAAUCGUAUGAAGUGAUUACAUUUUUUAAUGGAAUAGUAUAAUAUUACGUAAUAUUAAAUUUUGAUAGUGGCACUCUUUGUCGUUGUACGCAAAUAAGUAACAAUUUACAAAAUAUUUAUCACUAAUGCACGCCAAUUUUUUAUUACGAUUUUU